AUGAACGAUCGUCACUACAAACCCACACAUUGCACAGUUGCCCACCCGGUCUGCCCAGAGAGAUCCCAUGGUUCGAAAUCGACUGAGGAGAUGCGCUCUCUCACACAGACCCGUGUUUACGGUGUCUACAUCAGUCUUUAUGCAUGGUCUCUGUGGUGCUGCGACCAUUACCGUGUCGACCUGGUGGUUUCCUUCGGCUUCAUCCUCACAGGCGCGUUCUUGCUGUGGCACACCUUCCCCUCCCCUUCCGACUCCCUCUGUGCAGGAUCAGCUGUCGCCGAGGAAACUCUCAUGGGAGAUGAUGCUGCGCUGUCGCCGGUGCUCCCUGAUGGCGAGCAGAUCACGGUAGUGUCAGCGAUAUCAACGAACUCUAUGAAAUCAGCUACUGCGACUAUUGGUGGUUUGAGUCAAGACACUCGUCAUGCAGGACCUAUGGUCCACGAUAUUAUAUCCAUCUUGCAGCAUUAUUUGGAUCCUCCGCCGCCUUAUAGCAGUCAAAUCAAAACUGAAGAAUCAUCAGAGGCACAUACAAUCCUACUCCGAAAACCAGUAUCUUCUGACCAGCAAAGACCGCAGCAAUCGCUACAUAAACACAUAUCGCGACAGGAGGAUGAGCACUAUCUUUGGACGAAAUUUAUCUUCCAUGUGUUGAGCGCAUGCGGAUGGGCCGUCUGCUUGGGUGUUUGGCACUCAAGUUACUGGGUUGGAUCAUCAUCUGCGCUGCAAGGACUUUUCGCCGUGAGCGCAGGAUCCCUUUAUCUGAGUCUGGUCUCUAUCACACUUUCGCGGUUUCACAAUUCUUUUGAUACCAAAGGCAUGGAGUCAGACAUGGGUCAGGAGAGGGCGGGCUCUACUGCGGCCUUUGUUGAAUUACUCCAGCGCGACAAGGACGGGGGUAAAGGAUUUCUGUACGAGGAUAUUACAGGAGUCGAGGAGUCCCAGAGGCUAUUGACCCUAUUGCUCAUGGAUCCUCAGGUUGAUACAGCCAAUUCAGUCGCUCCUGAAGAAACAAGAGUUGAGCAGCUACAGCAGCAACUACGGCGCCGGCCAGAUUUCAAGGUGACUAAGAGGUGCCGCUCGUUCGUUACGACAUGUUCAGUGUCUUCGUUAUCAUCAAUGCCAAGCGUGGUCCGAAAUGUUAAGUGGAAACCCAAUGUCUGGGCCAUAUCGUUCUUUAUCCUCGACCCAACCGUUUUGAAGCGCUUCUGGAGCAGUUCACGAGGACCUGACGAUUAUAUUACAGCGCGAGAUCGAUGGGACUAUGAUACGAUUCGCAUCAGGAACAUUGGACAGAAUGAUCAGCGGCAGCAAUAUGAGAGACAGGACAUCCUGCGCAUGCUUGCUGGUUCGUCGCAUGAGGUGGGACGUGUGCUAGGCAAACCCAAAUCGUUCUCAGUGCUGAGCACCAGGGCAGCGCGAUCCGAGUCAGCACUGACUCAGUUGAUCAAGGUUGCACUUGAUCCAGAGCGAUUGAGUAGUUUCAUUCGGUUCUAUCAGCGACGAUAUACUGUGCGGACCAGCAUAGGCGCAAUGGCAGAUAUUCCUGACGAGUGUUUCGCGUUUGCGGUGGGGACGGGCAGACGACUGCCCGCCGUGCGUGUUGGUCUAUACGGCGCGUCCCAGGAGCGAGUGUGGGCAUCGAAUGGGUCCAUUGUCCUUGACAACGUGUCUCGCUUGGACAAACUCCGACAGGACAGAGAUGACCGCUUCAUAAAAUAA